GGGGCAGGUGAGUUGAGUGCAUAAGGUUAGAGCAAGGAGAGAGAGAAUUUGAAAAACCAAUGGUGUGCGUGUGCAACCCUCUCAAAAUCUCCUCCAUAUUUAAUUAUGCUUAAUAAAUUUAUGUUUUAGAUUCAAUGCAAAACAAAAAAGGUUGACAUCCUUGUUUUCGGAAUCCCUUCCCCCAUCCGCCGUCGGAAUAAAAUCUAACCAAUCAAACUCCCCUCUGCAAAUCCACCAGCUAAGCUCUCUAUUUCUCAGAUGAGGUCUUAAACCAGAGGAUGAUUUGCUGUGUCUCUUGGACACACCAUAAUGUGACUGGUUUAACCCAAAGCCUCCUAUUUCCAUGACCACGUGUUAAUUUGAGGUUUGCUAGCUAUAAGAAAGCAUUAAGCCCAAUUCAUUUAGGGGCUUUGGUAACUGAAUGAGGCACCAUCAGAACACCUACUUUGCUCUAUAUGAACAGCUAUUGAAGCAUUCUUUACGGGGAUUGGAAUUUGAUACCUUGACAUGAUUGUAGUGGGAGAUUUAAACUUCUCCUAGAUUGACAUCGCGACAGAAUGUCAUAAAUUUGUUAUGCCCUUGGAUUUCAUUAUAUUUUCCAUAUUCUGCAGUUCUCAGUUUUAUUGAGAGUGUCAAUGAAACAGAGUGAAUCUGCCAAAGGAGUGAUACAGUCCUAUUGUACUGUCUUAUCCCCAUUUCAUAAUUUAUCGAGCACUGAAUCAGAAAGCUUGGCUGGUGAAUGUUCGUCUUCAUGUCAAUCAGCUAAUAUGCACACCCAGCCGCAUAAUUCCUCCAAUUUAAUGCAUACAUCUACAAUCCUACCCCAGAAGAUAUCUAUAAAAUCUGGACCUGAUAGCUCUGUGACUUACGGUUCCUUUUCUCGUUCUUCUAUGUUCUGUACUAGUUUAUACUCUUCAUCUCCAUCAAGCUCUGAAACUUGUCGACAGCUUGGAAAUCUGCCAUUUCUUCCACAUCCUCCAGCAUAUAAGCAGGAGAGUCCUGUUUAUGAGGAUUCAAGUAAUCAAUCUGACGAGGUGCAUAAAGAGAAUCUCAUGAACAACUUUCUGAAUUUGUCUGGAGAUGUUUCAGAUGGUACCAUGCAUGAUAUGGAUUGUGCAACUGGUAGUUUAGCGCUUUCAGAGCAAUUGGAGUUACAAUUCUUGUCUGAUGAACUUGAUAUAGCUAUAGUUGACAAUGGAGAAAAUCCCCGGCUUGAUGAAAUAUAUGAAAGACAUCAAGAUUCACCAAAAGCAGCCAUUGGAGUGGCAUCCAACCUGCAUUCCCUCUGUAUCACUCCCCAUGUUGAUGUUCUGUCAAGUCAACCCUCUCCUGGGCCUGCUGCAGCACAUAAGCCAAGAAUGAGAUGGACACCUGAGCUUCAUGAGCGUUUUAUGGACGCUGUCAACAAACUUGAGGGGGCUGAAAAGGCAACCCCAAAGUGUGUUUUGAAGCUUAUGAAUGUUGAAGGUCUGACCAUCUAUCACGUGAAAAGCCACUUACAGAAAUACCGACUUGCGAAGUAUAUGCCAGAUAGAAAAGAAGAGAAAAAAGCUUCUGGCUGUGAAGAAAAGAAGACCAUUUCAAGUAGUAACGAAAGUGAUGGAACGAGAAAAGGGAACAUUCAAGUCACUGAAGCUCUGCGCAUGCAAAUGGAUGUUCAGAAACAGCUACACGAACAACUUGAGGUACAAAGGGUCCUUCAGCUACGCAUAGAGGAACAUGCAAGGUACUUGCAAAAGAUCUUAGAGGAACAACAGAAAGCCGGCAGUGCCUUAAUCUCCCCUGAAAAAUUGUCAUGGCUGACAAGCUCACUCCAGGAUUCUGAACGACACCCUGCAUCUCCAUCAGCCUGUGCCUCGUCCUCCCCCUCCCAACCAGCCAAGUCGAAUGCUGACUCCUUAUUGGCUCUACCAUUAAAGCAUAGGGUUACUGAUGGUAGUGAUUCAGAACAGCAAUCAUGCCAAAAGAAAGUCCGUCUUGAAGCCAAGUUGGAAUCAGCUUCCACAGAGACUGUCGUUGGAGAUUGUCAAAAAUGACUGCUUCAUCACCAGCGAUAAGGAAUCUCAACUAUCCCUACAUGUCUACAUUUUGAGGAUGGCUGGCUCUUGUAAAUUAGUAAAUCUAUUGCAGACUAGUAAAUAGUACUGUGAAUUGCUUGAUUUGUGUCAUGUGAAAUCAUGACAGGUUGUUUUGAAGAACUAGUGUUAUUUGAUUUGCUGCAUCUACAGCUUUGGCUUGCAAAUCCCAGUUGUAUAUUUUUUCAUUUUACAUCGUCUAUUAGCUGGUUGAUGCAAAAGGGCUCCCAUCUGGGGCCUAUAGUUACCCUCCCUCUGUUUAUAUGUCAUUCACAUGUUCUCUUUAGCUUACCAUCAAUGUUUAUAGAAACAUUCUGCCACAUCAUUUGGCUUGUCAAGUAUAGUACUAUUGUUCUCUUUGAUAGUAACUAGGGCUUCCAGAAAGGUGAUGAUGUUCUGUUUCUUUACUUUUUUGUUUGGCAACACAGCU